UCUGAUGGCAUGUCUAUAUUUUAGAUCAGAGAUGGUUAGAAGUUUGAAUUCCAUUAUUUUGUUACUGUUGUUCUUGAUCUUGAACUUGCUUAGAUCUCAUUGUUAUUGUGUUGAAGUUUAUGAGAUCACUAAUUCCAAACCAUUAGCAAUUGGACAAACUCUAGUCUCCCCUGGCCGAAUUUUUGAAUUGGGUUUCUUCAGUCCAAACAGUUCUGCUAAUACUUAUGUGGGGUUGUGGCACAAAAGCAUAUUUCCUCGUAAAUAUGUAUGGGUGGCUAACAGAGUUAUUCCUCUUGCAGCUACAGAUACUUUGACUACUUUGAGAAUUGGCAGCAAUGGGAAUCUGGAGUUAGUUGAUAGAAAACAUAGGUAUGUCUGGUCAGCCAAUAUAUCUAAUUGUUCAUCUGCAGUUCUCUUAGAUAAUGGAAACUUUGUUGCAAAACAUGUUACUGGAGCUGAUAUUUGGGAAAGUUUCAAUAAUCCUAGUGACUCACUUCUCCCAAGCAUGCUGGGAAAGCAGAUUUUCUUGACAUCUUGGGAAGGUGAUAACGAUCCAUCCCUGGGGAUAUUUAAGGUCGGACUGUCAGCAGAGUUGCCACCACAAUCGUUCAUUUGGAUAAAUGGAUCUAUUCCCCACUGGAGAAGUGGGCCUUGGGAUCAAUCGAAGUAUAUUGGUGUGACACCAGGAACAAGGUAUAACUCAAAAGCUUCAAACACAGUUCCAGGUCACAACGUUUUUGCAUAUAUGGACAUAUCUUCAGACGGAGUACUGCAGCAAAUGUAUUCAGAAAGUGAGAAAAGCUGGUAUCUUGACUGGGAGUCAUGGAAAAGCCCUUGUGACAAUUAUGGUGCCUGUGGCCCUUUCGGGGUUUGCACAGCUUCUGAAUCUCCAAUAUGCAAGUGUUUGAAUGGGUUUAUACCGAAGUCAAAUGAGGAAUGGAGCAGAAGAAUCUGGACAAGAGGCUGUGUGAGACAAACAAGUUUGUCAUGUGAGACGCAGACAAAUGAAUCCGUAGCAUCAAAAGGAAAAGAUGGGUUUUGGAAGUUGGAAAGAUUGAAAGUACCGGAUUUUCAUGAAUAUCUGAGUUCUUUGGCUUCUGACAAGUUUGAGGACUGCAAGAUACAGUGCCAGAGUAAUUGUUCUUGCCUGGCUUAUGCAUAUGUUAAUAAAAUAGGGUGUUUGGCCUGGUACAAAGACCUUAUUGAUAUACAACAAUUUUCGUCUUUGGGAGAAGAUCUUUAUGUCCGACUAGCAGACUCAAAACAUGGUGAAGGAAAGCCGAUAAAGUUAAUUGCCAGCCUUACAGCUAUUGGAUUUUUGAGUAUCUUGGUGGCUAUAGUCUUCGGAUUGCACCGGUGGCGUGCUAAUAGAAAUCGAGAUGUGGAAUCAACAACACCGCACUUGGAAUCAAGUAGUUUAUUUAAGAUCUAUGGAGACGAUGUUAGAGAAUAUUUAGGAAAGCAUGAUCUUUCAGAACUAAAGAUAUAUGAUUUCGAAAGCAUACUAAUUGCCACAGACAGCUUCAGCGACACAAACAAACUGGGGCAAGGAGGCUUUGGUCCAGUUUAUAAGGGGAUGCUACCAGAAGGGAAGGAAAUAGCUGUGAAGAGACUAUCUAGUAGCUCAGGACAAGGUGUAGAAGAGUUCAAAAAUGAGAUGCUUUUGAUCUCCAAUCUUCAACACAAAAACCUUGUUAGGAUCAUGGGUUGCUGCAUUAAAGAAGAUGAGAAGUUACUUAUAUAUGAGUUUAUGCCUAACAAAAGCCUCGAUACUUUUCUCUUUGAUCCAUUAAAGAGACCAGUUCUUGAUUGGGCUACACGUUCCAAGAUUAUUCGGGGUGUUGUUAAGGGGCUUAUCUAUCUUCAUCAUGAUUCCUAUGUGAAGGUGAUUCAUAGAGAUCUAAAAGUCAGUAAUAUCCUCUUGGAUGGAAAUAUGAAUCCAAAAAUAUCAGAUUUUGGAUUAUCACGCAUUGUUGAAGGAACACAGAGUCUAGAAAAUACUUUGAAGGUUGUGGGAACACGUGGCUAUAUGUCCCCGGAGUACGCUAUGGGUGGGGUAUUUUCCGAAAAAUCUGAUGUCUACAGCUUUGGGGUGUUGGUAUUGGAAAUUAUUAGCGGCAAGAAGAAUACCAGCUUCUAUAUAUAUGACCAACAGCUAGGCUUUCUAGCUUAUGCAUGGAACUUGUGGAAUGAAGGCAGGGGGGUGGAAUUGGUAGAUGAAAUGUUGGGUGAUUCAUACUCCUCGUCAGAAGUACUGAAAUAUGUGCAUAUGGGGCUUCUAUGUGUACAAGACAAUGUUGUGGAUAGGCCAACAAUGGAAGAUAUAGCUUUGAUAUUAAGUAGUGAGAACGAUGGUCCACAACCUAAGCUGCCUCUAUUCACCAUCCCAAACUCUAAUUAUCAUCCUCAACUACACACUGAGAACACUACCUCCUCCAAAAAUGAAGCUAGCUUUACAAUACUUGGAGGACGAUAAGAAGAAUACGAGCUUCUAUUUAUAUGAACAACAGUUAGGCUUCCUUGGCUAUUUAAGUUUAUACUCUAAAUCCUAAUGUAAUUGUUGUCUACAGAUUUUGGGUGUGAAUGACAAUUAAUGGGAUUAUUUUUAGCCAUGGAACUUGUGGAAUGAAGGGAGGUCACUGGAGUUAGUAGAUGAAGUAAUGGGUGAUAUAUUUUCCUCAUCAGAAGUAAUGACAUGUGUGCAUGUUAGCCUUUUUGUGUAUAGGACAAUGAUAACAAAUUUGUAGUCAUAUUUGUAAAUAUGUAUAGGACAACCAUGGUGGAUGUAGCUUCAAUUCUCAGCAGCGAGAAAGAGGGUCCCAAACCUAAGCUGCCGGAAUUCACUAUAAAAAUACUUGGAGUAUACUAAUGUUUCCAAACACUAGCAAAUUGUUAGGAUCACAAACUUAAUACCUUCCAC